CAGCAUCACAGGUCAGACGAAGCUCCAGUUGGAAGUCAAGAAGACCCUGUCACAACUCAGCUGAUCUACACAACUUCACCAGGUUGGAGAAAUGGCCUUAGCAAACAUGAAGAUUGGUACUCUGGGUCGACCUUUGAACCUGGGAAUGCUGUACGGUGCUCUGAAAGAUGAACUGAUGCCAGGACAAGCCUCGACAACUAACAUGAAGAUUGCUGCCCUGGGUCGACCUUUCACCCUGGGAAUGCUGUACGAUGCUCGGAGAGAUGAACUGAUGCCAGGUGUGACCCUGUGGGAUGAUAAAACUCUCCAAGAGAACACAAGUGAAAGCUCUCAACACAGCAGUGAAUUUCACAUUUCUGCAUCUGACUCCAUUGAAUCCAAGUCUUCUCUGCUGGAUGUUGAAGCUUCUCUGAAGGCCAGCUUCCUGGGUGGAAUGAUUGAAGUUGGAGGAUCUGCCAAGUAUCUGAAUGAUAAGAAGAAAUUCAAGAAUCAGAGCAGAGUGACAUUUCAAUACAAAGCUACAACCAAAUUCAAACAGCUGUCAAUGGCUCACCUUCUGACCAUAGACAAAAAACAGGCAGAUCUUAUUCAGAAGAGCUCGGCAACACAUGUAGUCACAGGCAUCAUUUAUGGGGCACAUGCUAUCUUUGUGUUUGACAGUGAGAAGUUAGAAGCCAGCAACGUUCAAGACAUCGAGGUCCACAUGAAAGCUGUGACAAAUAAGAUCCCCUCUUUUAAUAAUGAGGGGAAACUUGACGUCAAGCUAAAUGAUGAGGAAAAAGCCCUGACUGAGAAAUUCUCCUGUAAGUUUUAUGGAGACUUCAUUCUUGAAAGCAACCCUGCAACAUUUGUAGACGCAGUGAAGACCUAUGUCGAACUUCCAAAGCUUCUGGGAGAAAAUGGAGAGAACAGUGUUCCAAUGAUGGUCUGUCUGAUGCCACUGAAGAAUUUAGAUCCAAAAGCUGCUAAGCGGUUGAGUGGGAUCAGCGUUGGACUAGUGAGGAAGGCAGAAGAUGCUCUAGAAGAUUUAAAGGAAAUAGAAAUGAGAUGCAAUGAUACUCUGGAUGACGCAGUGGUAGAGCAUUUUCCACAGAUUCACAAAGAUCUAAGCAGUUUCCACAAAUCCUGUAAUUAUUACACAUCUCACCUCCAGCAGACCAUGGGAAAUAAAUUUCCCCGCAUCCGUAAAGGUAAAGAAAAUGAGAGCUCAAUCAAAAAAGUCUUUGAAGACAGACACGGGUCACCAUUCAGUCAUGAAAAACUCAGCGAGUGGAUGGAUCAUAAAGAGAGAGAAAUCAACAUCAUCAGGUCCUGUGUAGGAAUGAUGGAGGGAGUGAAGAUCGUCCAUAGUCAGUCAGAGUUGGACAGAGAGGUUCUUGCUGCAGGUGUAGAACAUGCUGUGUGCUUCGUUUUCACCUCCCUGGAGAGUGCUGACCCCUGCCUUGAUGCGAUGGCGAAAUACGUGGAUACUCUUAAGUUAAGAAGUACAUCUGAAGAACCAUGGUACUACUCGGAUGAAGUUUUAACCAAAAUAAGAGAAAAAGCAGAAGUGGUCCACAAUCUUGCCAAAGCACUGAAGAACAACCCCAGAGUCUGUUUCCUCAUAGCCUCGAUUGCAAAUGAGAAUUACACAGGAGCAACUAUCUACAAAUACAAGGACGGCAUGCUGGUCAGUAAAGAUUUCCAAAAGCCUGAGAUCCCUGAUGUGGAGAAGAUCACAGACAAGACAGAUCUGAUGUGGUAUGCCUGUGACCUCACCCUGGACCCAAACACUGCAAACAAGAGCCUCACUCUGUCUGAGGAAAACAAAAAGGUAACAUGUGGAGAAACACAGAAAUAUCCUGAUCAUCCAGAGAGGUUUGAUAAGAAACCUCAGGUGUUGUCCAAAGAAAGGUUGACCGGACGCCAUUACUGGGAGGUAGAGUGGGGUAAUAACCCAAAAGAAAUUAAAGUAGGUGUUGCAUACCAUGGAAUUGAAAGAAAAGGAAUCAGUUUACAGAGCGUGCUUGGAGGUAAUACAAUGUCCUGGUGUUUGAACAAAGGCACAGAAAAACUUUCUGCAUGGCAUAAUAAUGAUGGGGUGUGGAAAAGUUCAACAGUCUGUGGCAGAGUUGGGGUGUAUCUGGACUGGCCUGCUGGCACUCUGUCCUUUUACAAAGUCUCCUCUAACACACUGAGUCACCUGCACACCUUUCACACCAAAUUCACUGAGCCUCUUUACCCAGGCAUCAGUGUUAGCCAUCCAAACACUUAUGUGUACCUACGUCCAUUUGAAUCUGUCCAAUGAUAAGGACCUGUUAGGUUCUUGGUAUGUUGAUCUGGGUCUGUGUUUACAUUUAGCUUUUAAAGAGCUGAUGUAACACCCCGUUUCAACUUCACAAAUUUAAAAGAUGCAUUCAAACCCAGAGGGACCAGGAUAACUGAUGGUGUAAAACAUCAUUUUCUUUGUAUUAGUUCAUGUUGUUUCUAUGUUUGUGCUUCACAGCUUCACAAUCACUUUAAACUUUAACUGUUUGGCACAUCACAGAUAUUUUUAUUGUAGCUUUCUAUUUCCUGAUGCUUAAAUAUACAGAGAUUAUACUGAUGCUUUGUCACACUCGUAUGUUGAAAUAGAAAUGAUCAGCUCAUGUAAAAAUGUCAAAUUUAUCGUGUUUAUUAUGUUUGUACAUUCAAUAUCUAACGUGGAGGUUGUUUAAAUUUGUUUCUUUUCUUCUUUGUGCAUUAUUUGAAAAAGAUGAAUCUUGUUUUUUUGUUUUUUCUGGGGUCUUAAACAUGGUGUAGGGUUCAGUUAAAGACAUAUUAAUGAGUAAUUAAUCAUUGUUCUGAGGACACUGUUAACACCAUUUUUUAGAUGUUAAGUAACCUGCUGAUGUUUCUAAAGCUGAAUCAAUGUCAGAUUCCUGUGAAACUGCGCCACCUGUUGGGCGUGUUUAUGCUGAGCAGAAUAUUCAAUAAAGUGCAGACCUGA